UAGUGCUUGAUGAAUGUGACCGGUUAAACGAAUUUUUAAUGGCCUUAUGUCUUGCAGAAGAGCAAAUCAACUUUUAUAGAGAUUGGGUAUCUGAACAUUGUUCGACAGAGAUUCAACACGUUUUAUAUUCCCUUUUUGAUGUUGAAAGUGUAGAAGAAUUAAAACACCUUGAUAUUAUUGUGAAGGAUGAAAUAGAUAAUUUAAAUUCUUCAGAGGGUUUUCUUUUAAAGUAUUAUUCGGGUAGUGAGAAGGAAGUAGAUGAGAUUUUAGACCGCAUUAAUCAGGCUUCUAAUGUUAUUUACAAGGCAGCUGGGAUAGUAAAGAGAUUUAUUGUUGAUAAUCAACUUUAUGAAGAGAGGAAAAAGAGAAAGAUAUUUAAGGUAGAAAAUAAAAAGGAGGAGGAAGGAAAGCUGAACAUGAAUGAGGCUGAAAUGUUGUGGAAUGAGGAACUGGAAGAAUCGAGAAAGAAAAACAAGGUUGACGAUAUUGCGAAGGAAGAGCUAAAAAAUGAAGAGAAAAAUGAGUUGGAUGAUGUAAUGAAGGAAGAAUUAAAGGAAAAGAUGAUGGAGAUGAAAAUAAAAGAUUAUUAAAAGAAGAAAAGGAGGAAUAAUUAAAGAAAAAGAAAAAUAA